AUGACCAUAUCGAUAUCCGAAAGUGUCUAUGAUAGGAGGAGGUCGUCAUGUAUGGAGCGUCGUCGUUCCGUCACCUCCAACUAUAAGUGCUUCCAGAACUACUACAACGCUCUCAAGUAUCUCCAGCCGAAACCAACGUAUAUUUCGAACGUCCGUUCAUCGGUUAACCACUGGCAGCUCAGGGACUUGGUGCAGGUUGAUGCUUACACGGGAAGUAUCUAUCACACGCUAGACGACUCGAUCAGAGCGUUGCUGGUGUUCCCCUUGUAUGAAGAAACCCUCAAAUCCCACGAUUACUUGAGCCUACCGUACUUUCCCAGAUGUUUCAAUCACAGCGCAGGUGGUCACAUUGUCACAGGUGGCGUGGUUACCUCCCUGUCCAAGGUGUUCUCCAUGGACAUCCCCGACUUGACCAAAUCCAUUCCAGGCUCCUCCCACAGGCUGCCCAAGGGCUUGUUCUCCUUCUAUUCUCCAUACACCGAGGGAGAUCUCACGUUCAAGUUAGGUGAGAUGAUAAACAAUGCCGUCACGGUUUACCCAGACUACCCGGGUGGAGACUCUCAUUUCACAUCCUACGUAUGCAACAACGACUCCAAUUUGUACGUAUUGGAUAUUGCAAACAGCAGAAUCAGCGCAGACCGGAAGUUGGUUUGCGAAAACAACACUUCACUUAAUAACGUCCACCAGCUGCCGGACGGAAGACUCCUAACAGCCACAGGAGACUCCAGCUCCAUCUUCUUACUCGAUCCCAAGUCGCCGAAGCCGCAAGUCGAGGUCAUCAGAACUGCUUACGACUCUGGUUUCGGUAUUUCGUACCAUAAUAAUGAAAACACAUUGGCAGUGGCAUUCCAGGAAGGUGCAUGCUUGCUCUUUGACCUAAGGAAAGCCACAGAAGAGCCCCUUUAUGAGGUCAAAUCCACAAGACCAGGCCACCAAUCUGGCGCUUUCCGCUGUUGUAAGUUUUUACACACAGCGAUUCAAGAUUUGCUUGUCAUUUCAGAGCAUGUUGGAAGAGUUCAUUUAGUGGACCUUCGUGACCUCGACCAGGACAACCAACAGGUGCUUGUAUUCCCUUUUGCAUUAGACCAGUAUGGUCGCCACAAACACGAGAGGCUCAGCGUGCGUGACAAGCUCAUGAACUCCCAAAGAAAGCACAGUUUCGCCAGUGUUGAUGAUGACAUGAAUGAAAAGAAUGUGGACAAGCACAAGAGAUUUGACAUUUUCGACGAGUCACAGUCCCAUUUUUCUGCACCUUUGGUCUAUGACUACAACUAUCUCGCGGAAGAGAAUCCAAAGUUGUUCAAGGAUUACGUCUAUCAGCCACAGCCAAUGCCCGUCUGCAACGAGGAUGACGGCACCUUGGCACCUCCGGAGCUCAACCACCCACAGUGGAAUUCUACCCCUAGUUCCAUCAACAACGAUUGCGUUUCUAAUCAGGAAGAGGCCCAGCCCCGCCACCUGAACCUGGUUUCCGUUGAUCCCCACGAUGUCAGACAACGCUUGGACUUGGAGGCAGGGCAAGGUAUGUCGCACGAUACUAAUAUGGCAGACUCUUCGCCUCCUCAGCAACGUUAUUCUUGUCAUGACUCCUACCAACAAUCAGUCAAUCAUAUUCACGGUGAAAUGGAGUUGUCCGGCUUGGACUGGCUCGAGAAUCAGUUGUAUAUUGGUUGCGAGGAUGGUGGCAUUGUCACCUGGGACAUUAACGUGCGUGCUCGCCGUAGUAUCGGCAGUUUCUCCUAUCUUAUAUUGUUUGUCUCGUGUCUCAGCAUUGAUAGCAUAUGUACGGCUAAGAUAUUGAGUCUAGUAUUGAAAAAGAACCUCAUCCAAUACCAGCUUAUUCCAGUUGCUGGCUAUGCCGAUUUGAAAGAGCAUUACCUUAAACUCGAUCCAGAAGUGUCGAAUGUCAUUCUCAUAGGCUGUGGAGCCAUGGUUGAUAUCGAGUCUUUCUUCGAGAUCGAUCCAAAUGACUAUGUUACAUCGCAAGACCCAAUGCCGUUGAAUCACUCACAGCCUCUCGAAGAGCCAGAUCAAGGCCCAUCAUUCAGCAGAAAGAUAUACAUCAUGGAUGGAAGCAGGCCGUGGAACUUGGACAAUGUUUUCGGUUCACAUAUGGUAGUCUGCUUUGACGACGGAUACAUAGACAAGAACUUGGCACAAGAACGAGAAAGCUUUAAGGUGUUGGUGGACGCGUCCGAUCAUGAGUCCAGUGAUGAAUCCAGUGGUGAGGAGUCUGACGAACCUGAAGUCAUAGAAGAUGAGGAUGCGGAAGAUUUCGAAGACGAUGGUGGUGUGGUCACGGAUGACUCUGGCGAGAACAGAAAACGCCGUCUUGAAGAAGUCGAAAAUAAAAAGAUACGAAAACAGAGGAGGAAGGAGCUCAAUGCGAGCGAGAAUGUCAUUGAGACCUACUACAACCAGGGAACCGCUGUAUUGACAGCCACAACCGCCAUCAUAUAUGCAUUAUUGGCCACAAUUGGUGAAACUAGCAUAGAUAAUCUUUGGCUCUCUAUCAUUGGUGCAUCAUCCCUUGAUCGACUUCAUCCAGAGGUCUAUGACAAAAUACAACCUCUAUUCCUGGAGGAAGUUCAUCGACUCAACCCAUCGAACGCCGGCACUGAGAGAUCUGCAGACUCCACAGCCCUAUCGAUAGAGAAGGAUUAUCACUUGUUCUUGUUGCGUCACUGGACGCUAUACGACUCAUUUUUCUAUUCAUCCCUAGUGAACUCCAAACUCAAUCUUUGGACCGAGGAUGGCAGGAAAAAGCUUCACAAGUUGUUCGCUAAAAUGGGCAUUUCCCUUUCGGUUGCCCAACAGAAGUGGCUCUACAUGGAUAUCUCCGUCAAAAAGAACUUGCCCACCAUUUUCAACAAAUACCUACCUCUUUACGGACUUGAGGGCAUAGUGAGAGAUGGAUUUGUGAGAACCUUCGGCUUCGUUGGACAACUAUCUGCCAUGGAAUGUGUUGAAGCACUUGUUGCCCUUCUUGAGGCCGACGAAAGGAUUAGUGGGGAUAAGAAUAACGACAAGGACGAGGAUAUCAACGAGAAGAUCGAAAGAAAGGAGAAGCUAUGGGUCAACAACUUUUGGUCCUCUUGGGAUGCGCUUAACAUGAACAAUCAUGGCAAUGCUUCAAGAAUUGUAUCCUCUAACACAAACUCAUUAGCCUCAGCUUUGAGUUCCAAGAAGUUAAAGGGUUACGACCUUUUGAUGAGGGGCCUUGAAAAGGCAAAAGAUAUCCAGCAAAUCAUCUUCAAGACAGGCAUGUCUGUCUUGGAAAGAAAGCUCAUGAAAAACUUACGACUUUAUAGACUUUGCGUCUUGAAUGAUGGAUCGAUUCCCGACUUGAGCAUGUUCAACAACCCGCUCAUUCUCACAAAGUUGGGCAAUUGGCUUUUAGAGAACAUCAAUGAGCUCGAGUUUUUAAAUCUCGCCUCAAAGAAUGACAAGUCUCUUUCAAAUGCAUUGAAACCUCUCGUCCUAGCCAGUUUGGACCCUGCAUCAGACACAUACCUUGUCAUUGGUCUUGCACCAAAAUAUCCAAGGGGACUUGAUAAUUCCGCAAAAGCCAAGAUCGCUCAAGAAACCAAAGACAGACCACAUCAACAUGAUUCUACUUUCAUGACUCGUCUUAAUACCUUCAGCGUUGCAUUCCAAAGAGUUGCUGCAUCAUCGGAUGCGAAGGUGAGAAUCAAUAGCUUUGAGUCUUCGAUCAUCGAAAUUCCGGGCAUCAUUGGUUUAUACGUUACUUUUGAACUCCUCAACAAGGGAAUUGAUCCUGAUAGCAUAACCAUAAUCGCUGAGUUUUUACCCGGUGACCAAUCUUUCCGUUACACAUCUCCCAACGCGGGUGCUUACUUCACGCCAUUCGUUGAAACGACAAAAUUCUGUCGCUAUACUUACGAGAGCUACGACUUACUUCGCAAGUUCAUAGGAAAGAAGCUCCCCGGAAUUGAAAAGACGCAUACCAUAGAACACUUUGCUGAAACAAUUGACCAGUCUGAGGUAGAAGAUAUAAUGAAGUUCAUCCCUGAUAUCACAAUUUCUCGGUCACUGUCGCCUGGAUGCUCCACCAUGGCGUCAUUUACCGGCAUCACUUUUAAUCCACCAUUGCUAACCCUUAAUCUUCUUGAAGCCUUCAAAAAGAUGGGCGUAAGAACAGUCGUGAGGUGCCUAUCCAAACUCGAUGAAGCAUUCCUAGAAGGCACCACUGCGGUGUUCAAUUGCACAGGUCUAGGAGCAGCUGAGCUUGUUGGCGACAAGAAGAUCUUUCCAACACGAGGUCAGGUUGUAGUCAUAAGUGAUCCAAGCAUUAAAUCGGUGGUGACAGAAUGGAAGCAGGAAAGCUCGACUUACAUUAUACCGAGGCCUCACUCCAAGAACCACGAGGUGAUCCUCGGUGGCUUCUACCAACCGCAUAACGCAAACCAGCAAACAUUAUCCAGUGAGACCCAGGAUAUCAUCGACAGAACUCUGAGACUCUACCCGGAAUUACUUCAUAGUAAAUCGAUAAGUGACCUCGAGUUGUUGAGAGUCGUUGCAGCUGUUCGUCCUUCAAGGGAAGGUGGAGCAAGGAUAGAGAAAGAGGUUACCCCCAAGGGCAGCAUUUUUCAUAACUAUGGUGCCGGCGGACUGGGAUACUUAAACGGACUCGGAAUGGCCAAACAUUGCGUGGACCUCUACCACUCGGAUACCUAA